AUGCCUGGAUCUAUCAAAUCCGUCAAGCGUAAGCCGACUGCUAAGUCAGCUGUCAAACGCAUUGGCCGGAUGUUCAAGCGUACAAACAGCGAAGACCCUGAAAUGACCGCCGCCAUAGAAACUGGCUCUCCCAAAGUAUCCUACGACGCCCCUCGGCCCUCGACGUCUUCUCGAUUCUCAAUAAGUUCGCGUUUUGGAUCGAAAGAUGAUGCUGAAGCAACUCCUCGGGCGUCCAAGGACCAGUCUCGAAUCUUUGCAUCGUGGUUUGAUCCUGCUACUCCCAAGAAUGAGAAGGGCCCUGAAGUGAUGGCUCCGCCAUCUCUGGUUUCUGCUUACUCGGAGCCUGUACUCGACCAUGGCAAGCCAAUUGUGCCCAUGAUGCCGGACGAGUCAAUCAAGCAUCUUCAGGCUGAAGCUCUCCCCUCGCCUGCACAACAACGACCUAUGAGAGAGUCAAGGACAACUGAAAGUCUGCUCGAGAGAAACAUCGGACCCAUGAGUGAACCGGAGAAGAUCGACCAGAAGGCCCAGAAACAACCCCAACCGGAGGCCAGACCUUUGCCAUCCUCUCCGAGACCAAAGGCUGUGGCAUAUGAGCCUGAGUCUCCCAUCAUUCCCGUAUUGCCUGAAGAAAAGCCCAAACAGAAGCGGAAUCCUACUCCCUUGGCUGAGCCAAAAGUAUUUCCUCCGCCAGAACUCAAGCCCCAGCUUGAGUAUUUGGCUCAGUCUAAGCCAGGUCCCGAGCCCAAGUCCAGUAUUGAACCAGUCAAGCAGGAAAACGAUCUUCACUCCCUUGCGAGAUAUACACCCAAGCCCUCAGUAUCAACGGAACAAGCACCAAAACUAAGCCCUACCCCCUUGAAGAAAUUCACAGUGCCGCGCCCUACCGUCGAAGAUGAGCCAGAGCCCAUUUCCAAGCCAGUCGAAGCACCGAAAGAGUACUCAAAGACGAAAGUCAGAAGCGAAACAAAGUCAGAACCCAAGAGAGAGCCGAAGGAUAUGUCCCCAAAGCCUCAACAGAAAGAAACCAAGCCAAAGACCGACCCUCCCACUAGACCGAAGAGAAAUAUCCCUCCUCCUAUUAUCCCUGAAGCCAUCCGCAAGCACGCAGAGUUGAGAAUUUCUCCCAAGCCCUCGCCGACAAUCUCUUUCGCACCAAAGAUCUCUCUGGUCUCAGCUCCAACGCCAGUUCAAGUUUCACCUCCAGCUCCCCUAUCUGUCCCCAAAGCAGUCGCAUAUACUGCAAAACACUCAUUCGCCCCCAGCAUAUCCUUCCAGCCUUCACGAACAGUCUAUUUCCCCAGAAUCGCACCAGCACCCAAGACAGCUCGUGCCCCUGCUACUGCACGAGCUCCAACCAUAGCUUCGACGCCUCAAGUUGUUGUGUCGAUGCUUACUCGGGCUGCUCCCAAGACUGCGCCACUCCCAAGUAUUGCUUCGACCCCGGCGACUUCAUGGGUAAUGUCGUCUGCUUAA